UUACAAGUUACAAUGGACGUGUAAACGAAAAAUAACGUCCCGACUUUCUCUUAAUUGUAAUUUAACUUCUACAAACGACAACAUACGCGCAACGGAGCAGGGAAAAUAGUGUUAAGCUUGAUACUAAACUUGUGAAAAAUACAAGAUGUCACACACAUGGAGCACAAUACCGCUUCUUCCUCUGAGAUGCAUUCUGGAACAUCUCAGCACGGAGGAUGCGUUAGCAGCGAUGUCAGUCUGUCGACACUGGCGGGACGCUAUACAUGUCUAUGAGGGACACAAGGAAUUACUGAGGCUGAAAGUGAAACAACUGGAGAAGUGCAAGUUCGUGAGUCGCGUAUUCAAGAAGAACGUUCAGAAACUGCACCUCUAUAUAGACUGCAAUGAGCCGGAGCUCGACAAAUUCAUGAACCUCGUGUUUCCACAAUUUUUCGACACACAGAAUCUCGAAGAGAUAUUAUUCAUUGGACCAAGCUACAUGCAGCUGAGUAAUCAUGUGCCAUUUAUUAAGCUGAAGAGGGUACAAAUCGAGAGUCUGGUGUACAAGAACAUACAUAGCCUGAAGAAGCUGGGCUUCUUGGGAUGCGGGAUGGCUGCAGUGAAGAAUGACAACGAGAGAUACAGCAAUAAGCAAGUGGAGUACUACUCCCGGCCGCUGAAGUUCAACAACAUGCUCGCGAUGGCUGACACCAUCCUCAGCAGUACCAACCAGCAUCUGAUGCGGUAUUCAACUAUCACUCACCUUAUAGUGGACUAUGAGCAGCUAAGUACGUCGGCCCUGGUUACCCUAUCCCAGCUGAGCAGCUUCCGCUACCUGACCCUAAACAUCACGAAUAGGAAGCAAACGCUGCAACGCGUCGACUGGGACACCAUGCACGAGUUCUACAAAUACCAACUUAGAGUCACCGUUAAUAUUAUCGCCGUGCCAUACAGGAGGUUCAACGACAUCAUGGAGAAUGUUCUAGUGGAGGGCCUCCGGCUGAUAUCGCUCAAAGUCAUGUUCUGCAAGUCUCUGUACACGCCCCUACUAUCGCACGUAUCGCGACUGUACCAGUCGAGUCUGCAGGAAGUGAUCUGGGCCGACAGCCCCUACGACUCCUCAGACCCUUAUCAUCGCGUCGUCAGGCCGUUGCGACAGGCACAGCCGGACACUUACGCCCAUGUGAAUCCAUUUGUGCUACUUUGCUGGCAGUGCAUGCAUCUUCAACGCCUCGCUAUACAUGGUUACUGGGUUUGGCAAUACGACGUUCUUGGUUUCGUGCGCCUGCGCAAGGGAUUGAUGCAGUUAGAGGUAUCAGCUAUAUACAACAAGCAGGACCGGUUCCAUAACAUGAUACAGCUGAGUGAGGAAGGCGCUAUUCGAGUACUAAGCGGUGACCAACCUGCACCCGUCGACCCCGAGUAUAUACAGGAAGUGAACGAGUACACAGACUUCAAAUGGCGCCCGACAUCUUGGUCGUCCUUACACCCCGGGCUUCGCCCUCGUGCCACGCUACAACAACGUAUCGACUACGUCGUCAGCGAGGCGCGCGUGCCCAGUGGACACGAAAAGUAUGGAAACUGAACGAAGAAAGAACUGCGAUAGCAACAUCGGAAGACUCAUUGCAGCUAAGUAUUAAAAUUUCGAUACAACACCUUGUGAUAAACGGAGUAAAGUCGAAAUUACGGUGAACCGAGG